ACAUCCGGUGGUGACGAUCGCCGAGCUGUUGAUCCCGUGUCUGUUUGUGGCAAUGUUGGCCUCCGUCCGACUCAAAGUCGACUUCACACCACAUCCUAACGUCACUCAAUACGAGCCCUUCGGUGUGUUUAACAUACCGGAGAUGAAAGUGGGCGAAGGGUUAGUCAUUCCCCAAUGGAUUGUCAUGUAUUCGCCAAAUGAUACCCGAAUUAACGAUAUAAUGGACAAAUUGGAGGCAAAACUGACCAUCAUGAAUCCAACACUCACUUAUAACGUUCAAGCGUUUGCCAACGAAACAGAUAUGAUAUCGUAUUAUAAUAGACAGGAAACGUAUUCACAAAACCUAAUCCUUUGCGGAAUUGUCUUCGAAGACGAGGAAGAAUUAGACAAUCAUUUGAAAUAUAAGCUCAGAUUUCCGUCGACACCGAAGUUCACGAAAAGGGAUCGCUUGCGACCCAUAAGGAAUUGGUGGACGCAAUUCACUUUCCCGUUGUUCUCGACUCCCGGUCCCCGACAGUCACAACAGGAGACGGGAGGUAUACCUGGCUAUUACGAGGAGGGCUUUCUGGCCGUACAGCACGCCAUCGCUAUGUCAGCCGCCAGUCAUAUAACCAGCAGUUCCGACAACAUUGACGACGAGGUGAUGGUUCAGUUGCAACGCUUUCCGUAUCCGCCAUAUAUUGAAGACAUAUUCCUAUUAGCGCUUCAAUUCCUAUUCCCCAUAAUAUUAAUGUUGAGUUAUAUCUAUCCGGCCGUCAAUUUGACUAAAAAUAUAGUCAUUGAGAAGGAGAAGAGGCUUAAAGAGUCGAUGAAAAUGAUGGGUUUACAGAAUUGGUUGCAUUGGACGGCUUGGUUUAUUAAAUCAAUUUUCUGGUUGGCUCUCAGUUCAGCUCUUCUCACGAUUUUGCUCACAAUUAGUAUCAAAGAAGGCGUCGGAAUAUUGAACUCAAGCGACGGUCUUCUUAUUUACCUGUUUUUCGUCAGUUAUUCCAUUAGUUGUAUCGCUUUUUGUUUUCUUAUGAGUACUUUCUUUUCAAAAGCAAAUGUAGCGGCGAUUGGGGGCGGAGUUCUUUAUUUCAUGGCAUUCAUGCCAUACUUUUUCUUCUUUCCUCGUUAUCGCGAUUUAGGAUUCCCACAGAAGUUGAUGUCGUGUCUGUCGUGCAAUUCUGGUCUCGCGAUGGGAUCAAUGAUAAUAGCGAUGUGGGAGGGAAACAGUGUUGGGAUCCAGUGGUCAAACCUGAACGUUCCCGCCUCACCCGACGACACGCUAACCAUAUUUCACGUGAUGGUUAUGUUUUAUGCGGACACUUUCAUCUACUUAUUGAUGACAUUCUACAUCGAGUCGGCGUUUCCCGGCGAAUAUGGGGUACCGCUUAAGUGGUAUUUCCCGCUCACAAAAAGCUAUUGGUUUGGACACAACGAGUCCGUCAAAGAGGAGAAGCUUCAGCUCAAUGGCUAUCACGCGGACGACACGGUCGACAACAACGACUUCUUCGAGAAGGAGCCGACGUCUCUGAAGAGCGGUAUUCGUAUAUCACAUCUUUGGAAGACAUUUGACGGCAAGAAAAAUGUUGUCCGGGAUUUGAGUUUGAAUGCAUACAGGGGUCAGAUCACAGCCCUCUUGGGACACAACGGCGCGGGCAAAACGACCACGAUGUCCAUUUUGACUGGACUUUUCCCUCCAUCUGACGGAACGGCAUUAGUUAAUGGACACGACAUUCGCACCGACAUGGAUAAGGUUAGGUCGAGUUUAGGCAUAUGUCCGCAGUUUGAUGUCCUGUUUGAUGAGCUGACAGUCAAAGAACACCUGACCUUCUACUGUGAGCUCAAGAACUUCAAUCGCGAAGAAAUUGCCGAUGAAAUCAAAUAUAUGAUACAAUUGCUGGGACUCGAAGAGAAGACCAAUAAGGCGUCCAAAACACUGUCCGGCGGACAGAAGAGAAAACUUUCGGUUGGCAUCGCUUUGGUUGGAAAGUCAAAGAUUGUAAUUUUGGACGAACCGACUUCUGGAAUGGACGUUCACGCGCGACGGUUCAUAUGGGAUCUGCUCUUAAAGGAGAAGACCGAACGAACGAUUCUCUUGUCCACACACUUUAUGGAAGAGGCAGAUGUGAUUAAUGGACACGACAUUCGCACCGACAUGGAUAAGGUUAGGUCGAGUUUAGGCAUAUGUCCGCAGUUUGAUGUCCUGUUUGAUGAGCUGACAGUUAAAGAGCACCUGACCUUCUACUGUGAGCUCAAGAACUUUAAUCGCGAAGAAAUUGCCGAUGAAAUCAAAUAUAUGAUACAAUUGCUGGGACUCGAAGAGAAGACCAAUAAGGCGUCCAAAACACUGUCCGGCGGACAGAAGAGAAAACUUUCGGUUGGCAUCGCUUUGGUUGGAAAGUCAAAGAUUGUAAUUCUGGACGAACCGACCUCUGGAAUGGACGUUCACGCGCGACGAUUCAUAUGGGAUCUGCUCUUAAAGGAGAAGACCGAACGAACGAUCCUCUUGUCCACACACUUUAUGGAAGAGGCAGAUAUGUUGGGCGAGAGGAUAGCUAUUAUNACGAUUCUCUUGUCCACACACUUUAUGGAAGAGGCAGAUGUGAGUCCACCCGCGAAGACAGACCUUUUAAUUAAAAUAAUCUCUAAAAUGAUGUUGGGCGAGAGAAUAGCGAUUAUGGCAAACGGACAGUUGCAGUGCAGCGGUUCUCCGCUAUUUCUCAAGAAAAAGUAUGGCUCCGGAUAUCGGAUGAUAAUUGUUAAGGCCAGCGACGCGACCGACUCGGCGGCCAUUACACACCUCAUCCAAUCCCAUAUAAAUGACGCCAAGUUUGACAGCUCUGCCGGCACUGAAAUUACAUACCAUUUGCCUAAUCAUCAAAGCGGCAAAUUUGAGGCACUUUUCACUAAUAUUGAACUCCAGAAAGAGAUGUUAGGCAUCGAUAGCUUUGGCAUUUCCAUCACUACAAUGGAAGAAGUCUUUCUCAAAGUCGGCGAAUAUGCGGAGGAAGGCAUGAAAGCACUGAAAGACAACGCAAAUCUCACUAAUAAGGAUGAGGUCUCUUUGAAUCUGAAUAUGACAGACGAAGAGCGAAACACUGGCUAUACUUUAAUCGGCCAACAAUUUUACGCUCUUUUGUUGAAGAAAGUGUUGUAUUCACUGCGAAAUCGGACGCUAACUCUAUCGCAACUCGUAAUCCCAUUGUAUUUUGCGGUAACCGUUUUAAUAAUGCUCAAGACUUUGCCGCGAUUGGGCGAAUCGCCAGCACUCGCCUUGAAUUUAGACAAUUACAAGGGAACAGAUGUGCCAUACUUUAUGAACAACAGCACCGAUCCGGAUGUGAUCGAUAUGAGGGACGCCUAUAGCCUUCAAUUCGGUGCCAAGAAUCGAGUCUUUGAACACACGUUUAACUCAACAAAUCUGACGGAAUCUAUGAUCGGAUAUAUGUUGAAAGAGUCGAAGGAUAAUAUCGCAUAUUUUAACCUUCAUAUGCCUAUCGGUGCCAUCAUUUGCAGCAAUGAGAACGAGAUGUGUUCCGAUAGCAUCAGCGAAGACGGACUCGUCGUCACCGGACUCUUCAAUAACCAACCCUUCCAUUCGGUGGCCAUAAGUUUGGCGUCGAUUGACUCGGCUAUCGUCCGAUACAUGUCGUCAAAUGCCAACUAUAAGGUGGAAGUGAGUAAUCAUCCGUUGCCGCUGACCACUGCGGACAAACUGCUUCAGGUGCAGUACGCGUCACCCGAACAGUUCCAGUUGUCCCAAAAUCUCAUGUUCAGCAUGUCUUUCCUGGCGGCGAGUUUUGCCGUACUUUUGGUCAAAGAGAAGGCAAUUAAAGGCAAACAUCUGCAACAGGUUUGCGGUGUGAAACUGUAUCUGUUUUGGAUCACAUCAUUCAUAUGGGAUUUCCUCAUCUAUAUAAUCGCGUGUCUGGGAGUGAUGUUUAUGUAUAUGGCGUUCAAACAGGAACCGCUCAAAUCGUUUGAACAACAGUAUCGACUCUUUGCCGUCUUCUCAGCCCACGGCUGGUCUCUAUUACCGCUCGUAUAUCUCAUGUCGUUUUCGUUUGACGUGCCCUCCACUGCAUACGUCCGCAUCUGUCUCUACAACAUAAUCAUAGGAAUCGGAACAUUCAUAACAGUAGUGGUGGCGGAACUGCCGCUUCUCAAUCUCAAAGACACCGCCCGUACGCUCGACAUGUCGUUCAGUAUAUUUUUGCCAAAUUAUAAUUUGGGUCGAAGUGUGUAUAAUCUGUAUACCAAUUAUUUGGGCAAUAAGUACUGCAAUAUCGGUCCACUCCAGAAGGCGUGCAAUUUGGGAACAGUUAACGCCACAGAAUUCAUCGAAAUGAUUAAAACCGAGUUCAAAGAGUUUUCCUAUUUGUUCGAAGACUAUUUGGAGCAAAUACCACAGGGAAUGAACAUUACUAUACCGGUGCCCGACGUUAUCAAACCCUGUUGU